UAUAAGGGUCUAGGCUAAAGAACCUGUAAUAGCUUUUACAGGGAAAAACAGGCAAAACCUAUUUGGAAAUACAUCAAUUUCUAUUUAAAAAAUCUUGUAAAUAAAAAUUUGAAUAAGAAUUGUUUGUGGUUUUCUGUCAGUAGAUGAGCUUGUAAGCUUAGAACAUGAAAUGUUCCUCUGCCAACUUUGAAAGUUCCUUUCUUCCAGGUUGGAAGAUGCAAUGUGGAACCUUGCUUGUUGAAAUUAAUAGCAUUAAAGUUUUAAGAUAGUUAAGGGGUUUGGAAAGUCAAGAUGUCAAAUAUACUGACCUAGAUAUGAGUAGAGUUACAAUUACAUGGUGUCCCCUUAGGUUAUGUGGUCGUAGGUAAAAAUCUUUGCUCGUCAAUGAUGGUACGCAUACUUAAGAUUGUUUUUGUCACAUUUAAUUUUCCGCUUACUGGGGUUCUGCAUCCUGAGAAGCCGGUAGAUCUCUAGGGCAGGUGGAAAGCCCCAAGAAAAGCAGGCAAACAUUAACAAAACAAAAAGCUUUCAAUUUUGUGAGGGCAAGGGCAACAUUCCUGUGUAUAUCCCCUUCCCCAUCAUUUACCCCGUGUUUUUAAUAAGGCUUAGUCGAGUUUAUCGCCAAAGUCGUGUGCAAGUUAAAAAAUUCUUUAUGGACAUCUCGACGGGGAAUUUGCUUUGCAGGAAAACUAUCCUUGUCCUCGUUCUAGAAACGAGGUAUCACAUUGCACUGUUUGACAGGAAUAGCUUCGUUUGUUUUGCUGCACGAAAGGUACAACAAAAUGGCUAAUACAGAAAUUCUAAAAAACGUUAAGAAAGACUUUUUUAUGACCGAGCCUAUAAGCUCAUUUGAAGAUCUUGUAUCUGGUGUGGACAACUGCAUGAAAAAUCGUAUGGAGCUUGCAGUGAUGUUCUUUCAAGCCAAGAUUUGCAAAAGAAUCCAAGAACUUGAAACUGGUAAAAAUUUCAUCAUUGAUAAAUGGUCAAGGAGUGAGGGUGGAGGAGGAAUAACUUGCAUAAUACAAGAUGGCAGUGUUUUUGAAAAGGCAGGAGUUAACAUAUCUGUUGUCCAUGGAAGAUUGCCCCCAGAGGCUGUAAAGCAAAUGAGAAGCAGAGGAAAAGACAUUGGAGGAGAAGUAGAUUUUUUCGCAUGUGGUAUUAGCUCUGUUAUGCAUCCUGUAAAUCCACAUGUACCAACUGUUCACUUUAAUUAUCGGUACUUUGAGACAGAAGAUCUUGCAGGACAGAAAAUGGCUUGGUUUGGUGGAGGUGCUGAUUUAACACCAAUAUACCUUGACAGAGAUGAUACCAAGCAUUUUCAUCAAACAUUAAAAGAUUCCUGUGACAAGUUUGAUCCAGCACAUUAUCCUAGAUUCAAAAAAUGGUGUGAUAAUUACUUUUUUAACAAAUUUAGAGAUGAGUGUCGUGGUGUUGGGGGCAUAUUUUUUGAUGACCUUGAUCAACCAGAUCUGGAAACUUGCUUUAAUUUUUUGUUCACGUGUGCUGAUAGCUUCAUCCCAUCCUAUGUUCCUAUUGUUGAAAAACACAUGAAUGAUGAGUAUUCUGAGAAGGAAAAGGCUUGGCAGCAAAUCAGAAGGGGAAGAUAUGUCGAAUUCAACCUUGUUUAUGACCGUGGCACAAAAUUUGGUUUGUUUACGCCUGGUGCCAGAAUCGAAAGUAUACUAAUGUCAUUGCCACUCAUUGCCAGAUGGGAAUACAUGCACAUUCCAGAGGAAGGCUCUAAAGAACACGAGGUAUUAGAAAUCCUGAAAGCACCCAAAGAUUGGGUCUGACCAAUAUCACUAACGAUUGCUUGGAAGAUUAUGUUUGCAUGCUUGUUUGCAAGUAGUGACGUUUAAGCUUCCGUUUUUUGCUAAUCCGAUAUCGUUACCGAAACCAAGCUUUAUUGAUAGAGAGAAAACAAGAGAAUGUUUAAGUGAUGAUUCCACAAGUAUCGGUUAACAGAGUUUUUGGAUUAAGAAUGAGCAGAAAUACGUCAGGAGUUUCUUUUCAGAUUCUUAUAUGUCAAGCUGUUAUUACGUCUGGGUCAUGUUUUUGGCAAACGAGCAAAUGAAAGUUGCUAAAUGAGUAAUCCUGAGCACCCUUUUCAGUACAGUAAAAAGCAUACCCGAAAAUGAUCGAGUUGGAUGACUUUUAACUUCAAGGAUUAGGCAUCGUUUGAGAGAAGACUUUUACUUUGUUCAGUUUCACAGCAAGUGCGACCAAUGACCGAAUUAGCGUCAUCUGCUGAAAAUGCGCCCCUACCUUAUAAACGCCUCGGGAUCUAGUACAAAAUUUUGAUGACGCUCCAGGCGCUUAUUUAAUUAUUUACAGUAGUCUUGUUAAUAGCAGGGGGAUUUCAGUUCAUUAAUUAUGAAAGGGAAGAGCAGAACCGCUAUAAAAGUAUUUUUAGAUCAAUGGAUCAGUACUAGCAUGCAUCACGUCUCCUUAUUUACAUCUACUAUAUAAAUUUUCAUUGAAAAGAUUUAGCGGAAUUUGUUAAAUUUAGACCGAGCCAAUGCAGUAAAGCUUUUUAGGAUUUUACCAUAAUUAUUUUAACAUUCAAACAGUUAAUUCGCUUUGCUGAUGAAGUUCGCUGACACGAUAAAAUCUUUUAUUUCUAGUUCGCUGCCACGUUCGAACAAGGUUGCCAUUUUACAUCAUGUCUCUUGAAAAGUAGUUUUGGGUCUGUUUUCUACGAAUGGACCUUAUACGUAAGGGAAGAGUGAGGUUAAAAGUUUGCAAAAUCUUGGGACAACAGAGAUAUAAGAAUAGAUAUUCGCUUCACCAUACCAUCUAAAAACAUCCGUGAAAUGUGAAUACAUUUAAAAGGGGGCUGUCUAUGUUUUCGAGAAUUUGGAGGGCAUAGUCACUAAAAAACAUUUCUAGAUCCCCAUCCUAAGUUUCUGCAACUGCUUCUCAUGUGAGGCGAAGAGGAGAACAGUUAGAUCUUUAUUUGAUUACUCUUUGGCUAAAGCUAAGGCGCUUUUCUUGUACUUUUUGCAAGCAAAUUUUGUGGUAGGUUGCUUGUGACUCAAAAGGUUACAGUGAUGGGGCUAAAGAAACCGCUUUACUACGAUAGCCCUAACAAGAUUCAUCAGUUUGAAGAAGUACUGUUGGCAGACAGAGCGUUGUAAAUCAUCUACAAGGGCGUGGUCUUAACAAAUUUUUACCACUAACUUUCCCCUCUAAUGUCUGAGCACGCUGACCACAGCCAAAACAGACAGGCAUCUGAAGCAUGGGCUGCUACAAUCAAUAUCACUUAUUCUGUCUAGAGUCUAACUCCAUAUAUCAACCACUCCUCCUUACCCUGGUCUUAGAAUGACAUAGAUGUUGAAAGAGAUUAUGCUCAAACAUACUCAAAUACGCUAAUGGACAGCUGUACCUUUAGUCAUUUCAAAGAUAGCAUCUCCAUAUGAAAAUCGUAUGUCAAGCUUACGUCGCAUUAAUGGAUAAGUCCUUGUAAUUUAGACGUUGAAACUCGUCUUAUUUCCAUUAUUUGUAUGGUUUACAAUCAAUU